AUGUCUUCCAAGCCAAUUACUCUACAAAUCCGUCCUAGAGGAAAGCCUAUCAAGACGUUACCGGAAUCCAUUGAUAUUGACUCAUCCUCAUCCACUGCUGAAAUCUAUUCACGGCUGGCCGCCGAGACCAAAUUCUCCAUUCAUCAAUUACGAGUUACAAAAGGAAGCGACGGCACUGCCAUCACCAACUCAACAGAUGGCUCGGUCUAUGCUACCGGUUUGCGAAACCAAAGCACCAUCUAUGUCAAGGACUUGGGCACCCAGAUUGCAUGGAGGACCGUCUUCCUAGUCGAGUACCUCGGCCCCAUCCUUAUACAUCCACUCGUCUACACUUUGCGUCCAUAUCUGUAUCCUUCUGCGCCUGACGUCCCUUCUCAACUGCAAACAAUCACCAUGUGGCUGGUUGUCUUGCAUUUUGUCAAGAGAGAGUUGGAGACCUUGUUUGUUCAUCGGUUUUCAGCGGCUACCAUGCCCCUCCGCAACAUCUUCAAGAACAGCGCGCACUACUGGGUACUCUCUGGAGCUCUAAUCGCUGCCUUUGUCUACGCACCUUCUUCCGCUACGGCAAAACCAGCCAAUCCUUCGCUCUUGUACCCUGGAUUAUUGCUUUAUACGACUGGAGAACUAGGCAAUCUUCAGUCUCACUUGACUCUCAUGGGAUUACGCAGCUCGGGGGGCACGGAAAGAGGAAUACCGCAAGGACCAUUGUUCAAACUCGUGACAUGCCCUAAUUACAUGACCGAGACAAUCUCGUGGAUUGGCGUCUAUCUCGUCAGUGGCUUGAGCUGGGGAGUGCUUAUAUUUACGCUUGUCUCGGUGGCUCAAAUGGCGCAGUGGGCCAAAAAGAAGGAGCGACGUUAUCGCAAAGAAUUUGGCGACAAAUACAAGAAGAAGAGGUACACGAUGCUUCCCGGGAUCUGGUGA